AACAUUUCCUCUCGAAGUGGAUAAGGCGAAGCCAACGAUUACAAAAUUGAAUCGAAAAAGCUAAGCUCAGCAGCAAAUCCACUGACAAUGGCGGUGCUACAGCUCUUGCCAUCGCCGCCGCAGCCAAUCAGCCGCCGUAAAUUCACCAAACUCAGACGGCUGCCGGUGCUCAAAGUGCGGGCCGUGGCGAAGGAGAGCGGCGCUGCUGAGGCAGCCGCCAUCGUGGGCGGACUAGUCGCGACGCCGGUGAUCGGUUGGUCCCUCUACACCCUCAAGACCACCGGAUGCGGGCUUCCGCCGGGGCCGGCGGGCUCUAUAGGCGCGCUGGAGGGAGUGAGCUACCUUGUGGUGGUGGGCAUUGUGGCGUGGUCGCUCUACACCAAGACGAAGACGGGCUCGGGCCUUCCCAACGGGCCUUUUGGCCUCUUGGGGGCUGUGGAGGGUCUCUCGUAUCUGUCUUUGUUGGCUAUUGUUGUUGUGUUUGGGCUGCAAUUCGUUGAGCAAGGAUCCAUUCCCGGCCCGCUUCCUAGUGAUCAAUGUUUUGGUUAGAAAUUACUACUACUAAAUCAUGUAAGUUUGUAAGUAUGUUUCUUCUUUCUCCCAAUUGUGGUUUAUGAAUGUUUAUACCGAAAUUGUGUUACAUGCAAAGUUAGUAUGUCAUCGAGAUUUUGUGGUAAA